UCAUUUGUGUACUACUCUUCAAAAAAGUCAUAGAGGUCAAAGAUGGACAACCAGACAUUCCAAUACAGCAUACUAUUAGUGGAGGGACUACAAGUUACAUCUCAAUCAACCCUUCCUACAUUUAUUCUUCUUUUGAUGGUUUAUGCAUUUAUAAUGGUGUCUAACAUUGGGAUGAUAAUUCAGAUUUCAGCAGACAAGGAUUUACACCAGCCUAUGUAUGUUCUUUUCUGUAACUUGACACUGAAUGAUAUUUUAGGCACAACUGUUAUUUUGCCACGAUUGUUGAGAAAUAUAUUGACAGACCCAUCUGAGCGCUAUAUCACAUUUGUGGAGUGUGCUAUUCAAGCUUAUUUUUCACAUUUGAACGGUACAGCAUCUCACACAGUGAUAAUGAGCAUGGCUUUUGACAGAUAUGUGGCAAUAUGCAAUCCACUGCGAUACCCAGCUAUAAUGACCAGUAAUAUGGUGGUUAAACUAUCAGCUGCAGCCUGGGGUGUUGCAGUUGUGCUGGUGGGAAUAUUGAUCGGCCUCAGUGUGCGUCUCUCCCACUGCAGAUCUGUGAUUCAGAACUACAUUUGUGACAAUGCUUCAUUAUUUAAACUAUCCUGUGAAAAUAUAAUGGUUAAUAAUGUAUACGGAUUAACUUUUACUUGUAUUUUGUUUGCCUCCUCAAUAGGGAGUAUUGUACUGACAUACCUUAAAAUAGCAAUGGUAUGCUUCAAAAGUAAAGACAAAGCAACCAACACCAAAGCCAUAAAAACCUGCAGCACUCACUUGACUGUUUACAUAAUCAUGCUGAUUUCUGGAUCUACUGCAAUUUUUCUUCAUCGUUUUCCUUUAUAUGCUGAAACUAGAAAACUUGCUGAUAUAAUCUUUCAUGUUAUUCCACCAGGUUUGAAUCCAAUCAUAUAUGGUAUGCAAUCCAAGGAAAUAAGACAAAAGAUUUUUAAACUAUUUAGAAAUAAAGUAAAUGCAAAGUAA